AUGAAAGCAGCAUUGUCGGAGCUCUUCAAACCAGGUGGCAAGGCCAGCACUUUGGAGAAAUGCUGGUGCCGAUGCUAUUUUGUGAUGAUGCUGAUCUUGGUUGUCUCUGCAGUGGUAUUCAUCGUGAUGGGUUCAAUGAAAGACUUGACCACAAGCGGAGAAGCCUCUGAUUGGGCCCUGGAGUGGACGUUUGACUCCAGGGGAAAGGGCCUUCUGGCGAUUGCAAUCGGAUGCGCCAUCAGUGUUUGUACAAUUCUGCUGUGUUGCUCUCCCUUGUGCUUCGCACAGUGUGAGAACCCGGAGUUGACCCAUGCAUGGGGACAGGAAUGUUCGAGGUGUGCGAAGUGCGUGAAAGCGAAGUGUUGCUGCUGUUGCGUCAUCUGCUGCAACUGCUUCGACUACUACUGCUGCCGACGAAGGAUGCAGCGGGGCCAAAGCGGGGCAGAAGCGGAUCCGGGGGGCGAGCGGCGUGACCUGUACGAGCAGUCGCAGAUGCCGGAGAUGGUGCAGAUGGGCCCCCAAGCCGCGCUCUGA